CGAGUAUCAGCCCCAACCAUCUCCAAGGUCUCGAAUCUGGUAAGUAUCACAGCUUCUUACCACCGAAGUCCAAACACUGAUCUCUGUCCAACUCGUAUCAAGUCUCCAAUCUGAAGAAGAAGAAGAAGAAGAAUGAGUCUGAAGAAGAAGAAGAAGAAGAAGAAGUCUAAAGAAGAGGAAUAAGAGAAUAGGAGAAGAAGACUGAGAUGGAGAGGAGAGGUAGAGAUGGGGGAGCUGGUGAGGGCCUCAGGCCGAACCUGCAGAUGGCAAGCUGGCGUCUUGGCGGCGGCAGGAGAUCUGCUGCAGGUCGCUGGAGCUAUGGCGCUCCACGGUCUCAGCUCCGCUGUCUUGUACUACGUGAGAGAGGUCAGUCUCGGUCAGAAGUCCGGGGAAACGGACAAGGCCUAUCAGGCCCGGAUGCUGCUUCUGAUUACCGAAGCCAAGCAACGAUCGGAUGCAGUAGCAGCUGCAGCAAAGAAGAAGGCAGAGGACGCCGAGAAGGGACGUAUGUUGGCAAUCGAACAGCAACGCCAGCAAGACGAGGCAGCAGCAAAGGCUGCUGAAGAAGAACGAAUUCAACGACGCGAGAAGAUAUUCAGCGCAGAGCGAGCUUUGGAGGAUAUCCACAGCCUCGACGACACGUUAGCUCAAGUUAACAGCCGCCUCCAGCAGUUGGAGCAGCGACCCGUCGCCGCCCCCGAUGCCAUCUCCUCCAACCCCUCCGAUCGCCUAGAGGCAUUGGAGAUUGACGUCGGAUCCCUCAAGGACGGCAUGCAGUUACAGCAAACCGCAACGCAACAGUUGGAGCAACGGAUCUGUACUGCUGCCACCCACUCGAGAUCGGAACCGCACGACACAACUCCAAAGAUCGAUGGGCAGGACAUCUUCUGCGGCUCGACGAAAACGGACCCGAUUCCAUGGUUCCGCAAGUUCAAGCUCAAGUUGCAGCUCCAUCACGUAAGUGAACACAAGCAUCAUGAGUACUUAUACUCUUGGUGGGGGGGCGCGUGCCAAGCAUGGUUGGACAAUAUCUUGUCCAAGUACGGAGUGGUGGCUGUCGACUUGCACACCAAGAUCAGUUGGGAUGAUCUAAAGGCGACGUGGCAUAAGCGGUUCGAAGUAGAGCCGCCGGAGAUCAAGGCAAUGGACAAGCUGAUGACCUUCGAACAAGGCACGCUGCCAAGUGUUGACUGGAUUGCCGAGUACCAACGCUUGACAUCCGUCCCAGACAUUCAAAUGGGCUUCAAGGCCGUCAAACACUUCUUCAUCUCGAGGUCGUGUCUGGCGUUGGGCAAUGCCUUGACUCACGUCAAGAACACCCUGAUGUCAACGGUGGAGCUCUUCGACAAGGCCGUGCAGAUUAUUGUUAGAACAAGGAGGCUAAGAACCUCCACCGUUCUGUUGGACCAGUUCGUGCUGGUCUACUUAGACGACUUUCUCGUCUAUAGUCGGACAUUGGAGGAUCAUCUUGAGCACCUUCGACGAGUCUUGGAGACGCUCCGCCGUGCCAAGUACAAAGCCAACCGCGACAAGUGCGAAUUAGUCCGGCAAGAGCUGGAAUACUUGGGCCAUUUUGUCACACCGGAGGGCAUCCGUCCGUUGUUGGACAAGAUUCAAGCCAUCCAAGAGUGGUCGGAGCCGCGGAACGUUACGGAUGUUCGUUCGUUCCUCGGCCUUGCCGGCUACUACACGCGUUUUAUCAAGGGAUACUCGAAGAUUGCGGCCCACUUAACCAAGCUUCAAUGCGAGGAUCGGUCGUUUGACUUCGGAGAGGAUGCGCAGGAAUCAUUUCUGGCUCUCAAAGCCGCGCUAUUAUCUGCGGAGGUCUUGCGCAUAUACGACCCGCUUCUGCCAACGCGCAUCACUACGGAUGCGUCCGGCUAUGGCAUUGGUGUCGUCCACGAGCAACACGAUGGCGUGGACUGGCACCCAGUCGAGUACUUCAGUAAGAAAGUGCCCGUCGUGCACUCCAUUGAUGAUGCACGCAAGGAGCUCCUAGCCUUCGUCCACGCUCUCAAGCGGUGGCGACACUUCCUCCUUGUUCGAAGUCAAUUCCAAUGGGUAACGGACAACAAUCCGUUGGUCUUCUACAAGACCCAAGACACCGUCAAUAGCACCAUCGCCCGUUGGAUGCCUUUCAUCGACCAAUUUGACUUCUUUCCCGAUCACAUUCCGAGGAAGUCAAACCGUUUUGCGAAUGCUCUUUCACGAAGUUUGGAUCAUUGUACGCAGUCUAUUCGACCUUCGAGAUCGGCGACGACCUGCGGGACAACUUCAUCAGCGGCUACGAAGCCGACCUCGAGUUUCGAGACACAUACGCGAAUUGCUCCUCUCCUAAUUCGACGCCUUCUCACUACCGGAUCCAAGAGGGGUACUUGCUUGUCCACACGCGGGGGAAGGACCUUCUUUGCGUACCGAGUGACUCUCACUUGCGUACACGGCUUCUUGUUGAGUUCCACGAUACUCCUGCCACCGGACACUUUGGAGUCAAUCACACGAUUGGCUGCGAGUCAUGCGAGGUUUGCCGACACUGCAAAUCCCGCAACCAUCGUUCGUACGACCGAAGUCGCGUACCCAGUUAUCCAUGAAGAGUUUGAUGACAUGGUCAGUCUUUGCAGAUUCAGGCAUAGCGAUAAGUCUUGCAAACUUGGAGAAGCAGUCUACUAUGACGAAGACGUGUCUUUUCCUGGACCUGCUGGUGACAAGUGUAUCCAUGAAGUCCAUGGAAACACUCUUGCCAGGACCUUCGGGAAUCGGCAAGGGCUGGAGAAGCCCAAGCGGAGCCUGAGUUCUUGGUUUGUCGCGUUGGCAAACCUGACAGGUUUCUCAAUAUUUUUGGGCAUCUAACAUCAUAGAGGGCCACCAAAAUUUCUGUACUAAGUUUGCGGAUGUCUUUUUGUAUCCAAAAUGACCAGUUGCAUCAUGGCAUUCUCCUAAAAAUAAACUACGCAAAGACUC